AUGAAAGAUGAGAGGGAAUGCUCUCUAGCCCUCUUGUUGUUCCAGGUCUCCAUCUACAGGUGCGUGAAUUGGGCUCGCCAAAAAAACCGCCUGACCUCCCCUCUCCGCUCCCUGUCUUUCGGCAACGGCAAGAAACCCAAUCCACCGCAACCACCGCGCUCGAACCCGAAUCCACCACCACAAUCAACACCAAACCGGUCGCGACUCAACAUCGCUAACGGAGUCACCAAGCCCCCUGCGAAGCCCAUCCUAUGUCGCCACGACACAUCCUGCGGCUGCCCGGACUCGAAUCGCUACUACGAAGGCGUCCUGAACUACGAGACCGAAUCUGAGAGUGGGCACUUCAUGGCGGUGCCACCGCCGCCUCCAGAUCGCCUUCCCAUUCCGCCUCCACCACUCUCCAAUCGGGCCACGCAAAACCCUCGCCAGGAGGUACCGCAUCCUCGCGUGGUUAUCCGCCCGGAGAUGCAGCGUGGAAGCGUCUACCUCGGCCACGAGUCGGAGGGAGAUAGCGCUCGUUGGGUAUCCCACGCGCCGCCUCCGCCACCUUCCGCCACCUCCACCUCUUCCCCGGAGAGCGACCCGGAGUGGGUCCCUCAACCUCCACCGCGACCCUCUUUUAUGACCGAUGCCCCGCGGAUGGACCUACCGCCGACCGUCCCUCGGCCGCGGAGGACCCCCUCGUCUGGCGGACCUACCUCCCAGGUCUACCCUCAGAGUAACGGGAGACCCGCUGGUCGGGCCGCCUCUCAGAAGGAUGGGAAACCUGCUGGUCAGAAAGCGGCUAAAGAUAACGGGAAGUCACGAAAAAAACCGAACGGGAGAGCGGUUGGGGGAUAG